AUGUCCUCCCCAACCAACUCUAUAACUGACAUUGACGAUUCUACCUUAAAUAAGAAAAGAGGAAGAGCUCAAUCAGUGGAUCCUGAAUCAACCCAGUCAACAGACGACGUAGUUACAAAAAAUGAAAACCCUUUAUCAACCGAAGUUUCUGCUCCAAAAAAAACUAAGCUUGAAGACGAAAAUGUGAAUACAAUUCGCAAAAAUAUGAAAGAUAUGUCAACACAGGAUAAAGUUUUGUCGACUGAAAGCCAAAGUACAAGUGCUAGUGGUUCCCAAAUAGACGAGGAGAAUGACGAUAUGAUACAUGGCCAGGAUACCAAAGACGACGAGAAACAGAAGAAUGAUGCCAUGAUAGAGAGUCAAGACGUCAAGCAAAAGGAUGAUGAUGGCGAUGAUAUUUUAGAAGAGAAACGAACCACAGGAGAAAAAGUCAGCGACAGCCAUACCGACAUCAUUGAUGAAAAGAAGGACGUAUUCAGUAAAUUCGGUGGUAAAAAUGAAGACGACGAUGAUUGGGGUGAGUUCGCUGCAGGUAGUGACGAUGAAGGUGAUACGGAGACUACAUCCAAAGACGACAAUGAUAAAAAAGAUAUGGAGAAGCAAAAGUAUACAUUUGGUGCCUCAUCUGGUUUCGGUACCAAGAAUUGGGCUUCCGUAAGCCCAGCCUUCCCUGUGAAAACUACAAAGCCAACAUUUGGAGGUUUUGGAACUACCACUGCUUUUGGUGGAUUCAAAUUGAAUGCAACAUCGUCCAGUAAUACUGCAGAUAGGGAUACUAAAAAUAAUGGCAUUGAUAAACCACCUGUUGUUUCUUUCGGAUCCUUUGACAAAACCACUGUAUCACCUUUAGCAGCACUUGCUACAGCCGCCAAAACAACAGAUGCUCUUUCUUCCAAUUCACCUUCAUCCUUAGAUUCACCUGAUAAUGAACAGAAGAAAAAAACAGGGAAUGGCACGGAUGGCAAAGCAUCAAAGUACGAAGAAGACUCAACCCAGCCGCAUACAUUUGGUGAAUCGGCAAAAGUUAAAGUGCCGGGUAUCCAAGAAACAGAGGUUAAAACGGGAGAAGAAGAUGAAGAUACAAUUUAUCAAGUGAAGGGUAAAUUAUUUAUUUUGCAAGACAGCGCAUGGAAAGAACGUGGCGUCGGUACAUUUCGUAUCAAUUUGAGAGAAGAUGAGCAAAGUGGCAAGGUUCAAACACGACUUGUCAUGCGUACAGAGUCCGUUUUUAGAGUGAUUUUAAAUUUGUUACUCUUCGAAGGUAUGAAGGUAUUCUUAAUGCAGGAAAAGUUUGUGAGAUUCGCAGGCUUCGAAACAGAGAAGAAAGAAGACGGUACUACAGAAACUAAGUUAGUCAGCUACGCUCUCAGACUAAAUAAUCCUGCUAUUGCGCAAGAAACUGCUGAUUACAUUCGCGCACAUAUCCCUACUUCUGAAACUGAUCCGUCGAAUGCAUAA